GAGGAGAUCGUCUACGCCAAAUCCACCGCCCUGCAGACGUGGCUCUUUGGCUACGAGCUGACCGACACCAUCAUGGUGUUCUGCGAGGAGAAGAUCUUCUUCAUGGCCAGCAAGAAGAAGGUGGAGUUCCUCAAGCAGGUGGCCCACAGCAAAGGCGGAGAGAGCGCCAACGGCGUCCCCGCCAUCACCCUCCUGGUGCGGGAGAAGAACGAGAGCAACAAAGCCAACUUUGAGAAGAUGAUCGAAGCCUUGAAGGCCAGCAAGGGCGGGAAACGCAUCGGCGUCUUCAGCAAGGACAAGUUCCCCGGCGACUUCAUGAAGAGCUGGAACGACUGUCUCAGCAAGGAGGGCUUCGAGAAGGUGGACAUCAGCGCCGUGGUGGCCUACACCAUGGCGGCCAAGGAAGACGGCGAACUCAACUUGAUGCGCAAGGCGGCCACCAUCACCUCCGAGGUCUUCACCAAGUUCUUCAAAGAACGGGUGAUGGAGAUCGUUGACGCCGACGAGAAAGUCCGGCACAGCAAAUUGGCCGAAUCGGUGGAGAAGGCCAUCGAGGAGAAGAAGUAUCUGGCGGGGGCCGACCCUUCGGCGGUGGAGAUGUGUUACCCGCCCAUCAUCCAGAGCGGCGGCAACUACAACCUCAAGUUCAGCGUCGUCAGUGACAAGAACCACAUGCACUUUGGGGCCAUCACCUGCGCCAUGGGCAUCCGCUACAAGUCCUACUGCUCCAACCUGGUGAGGACCUUGAUGGUGGACCCACCUCAGGAGAUGCAGGACCACUACUCCUUCCUCCUCCAGCUCCAGGAGGAGAUGUUGAAGGAGAUGAGACACGGAACCAAGCUCUGCGACGUCUACGGCGCCGUGAUGGACCUGGUGAAGAAGCAGAAACCGGAGUUGUUGAGCAAGAUCACCAAGAAUUUGGGCUUUGCCAUGGGCAUCGAAUUCAGGGAGGGUUCCUUGGUCAUCAACAGCAAGAACCAACACCGGCUGAAGAAGGGUAUGGUCUUCAGCAUCAACGUUGGCUUCUCCGACCUGCCCAACAAGGAGGGCAAGAAGCCGGAGGAGAAGACCUACGCCAUGUUCAUCGGGGACACCGUCCUGGUGGACGAGGAGGGUCCAGCCACCGUCCUCACCGCCGUCAAGAAGAAGGUCAAGAACGUCGGCAUCUUCCUCAAGAACGAAGAUGAGGAGGAAGAAGAAGAGGAGAAAGAUGAAGCUGAAGAUCUUCUCGGGCGCAGCUCUCGGGCGGCUCUGCUGACGGAGAGGACGCGGAACGAGCUGACGGCGGAGGAGAAGCGCCGAGCCCACCAGAAGGAGUUGGCCACCCAACUCAACGAAGAAGCCCGCCGACGGUUGACCGAGCAGAAGGGCGAACAGCAGAUCCAAAAAGCUCGGAAGUCCAACAUCUCCUACAAGAACCCGGCGUUGAUGCCCAAAGAGCCCCACAUCCGGGAGAUGAAGAUCUACAUCGAUAAGAAGUACGAGACGGUCAUCAUGCCCGUCUUCGGCAUCGCCACCCCCUUCCACAUCGCCACCAUCAAGAACAUCAGCAUGUCGGUGGAAGGAGACUACACCUACCUACGCAUCAACUUCUACUGCCCGGGCAGCGCUUUGGGACGCAACGAGGGCAACAUCUUCCCCAACCCCGAGGCCACCUUCGUCAAGGAGAUCACCUACAGGGCCUCCAACAUGAAGACGCCCGGCGAGCAGACGGUCCCGGCCCUCAACCUCCAAAACGCUUUUCGCAUCAUCAAAGAGGUCCAAAAACGUUACAAGACCCGAGAAGCCGAGGAGAAGGAGAAGGAGGGCAUCGUCAAACAAGAUUCUUUGGUCAUCAACCUCAACCGGAGCAACCCCAAGUUGAAGGACCUCUACAUCCGUCCCAACAUCGCCCAGAAGAGGAUGCAAGGUUCUCUGGAGGCCCACGUCAACGGUUUCCGCUUCACCUCGGUGAGAGGAGACAAAGUGGACAUCCUCUACAACAACAUCAAACACGCCGUCUUCCAACCGUGCGACGGGGAGAUGAUCAUCGUGCUCCACUUCCACCUCAAGAACGCCAUCAUGUUCGGGAAGAAACGGCACACGGACGUCCAGUUCUACACGGAAGUCGGAGAGAUCACCACCGAUUUGGGGAAACACCAACACAUGCACGACCGCGACGACCUCUACGCCGAGCAGAUGGAACGGGAGAUGCGCCACAAGCUGAAGACGGCCUUCAAGAACUUCAUCGAGAAGGUUGAAGCCCUCACCAAGGAGGAGUUGGAGUUCGAGGUGCCCUUCCGGGAGUUGGGGUUCAAUGGCGCCCCGUACCGCAGCACCUGCCUUCUCCAACCCACCAGCAGCGCCUUGGUCAACUGCACCGAGUGGCCCCCUUUCGUGGUCACCUUGGACGAGGUGGAGCUCAUCCACUUCGAACGGGUCCAGUUCCACCUGAAGAACUUCGACAUGGUCAUCGUCUACAAAGACUACAGCAAGAAGGUCACCAUGAUCAACGCCAUCCCCGUCGCCUCCCUCGACCCCAUCAAGGAGUGGCUCAAUUCCUGUGACCUCAAGUACACGGAGGGCGUCCAGUCCCUCAACUGGACCAAGAUCAUGAAGACCAUCGUGGAUGACCCCGAGGGCUUCUUCGAGCAGGGGGGGUGGUCCUUCCUGGAGCCCGAGGGCGAGGGCAGUGACGCCGAGGUGGGCGAGUCCGAGUCGGAGAUGGAGGACGAGACCUUCAACCCUUCCGAGGAGGACUACGAGGAGGAGGAGGAGGACAGCGAUGAAGAUUACUCCUCCGAGGCCGAAGAGUCGGAAUACUCCAAGGAGUCCUUGGGCAGCGAGGAGGAGAGCGGCAAAGACUGGGACGAGCUGGAAGAAGAAGCCCGAAAAGCCGACCGGGAGAGUCAAUACGAGGAAGAGGAAGAACAUGGCCGCAGCCGGAAGAGGAAGGCUCCCGCCGGCCGGGGCGCCCACCCCCGCAACCCGGGACCCCCCAAAAAGAAGAGGAAGUAG